AUGACGAGUCUCAAACGCUCGCUCGAGGCGGACCCCUUCGCCGCCAAUAUCUCGAGCAAAGUCUACGUCCGGUCCACCAGGAAGGGCAAGGUCCAGAAGAUUGUGAGAGAGGUCUACCUGCGUCAAGACAUCCCCUGCUCGUCCAAGCUAUGCCGGAGCUGCCUGCAGACGGCCCCCCGAGAUGCGGCCAACAACGUCCAACCAUUCGUCCUCUCGGACAAGCCCGCCGGAACCAAGGCGUUCCCUCAGGGGCACUAUAUCGUCCCCGACACCAACGCGCUUUUGAACGCCAUGGACCUUUUUGAGCAGAGCACGGCCUUCUACGAUGUUGUCAUCCUGCAGACGGUGCUCGAGGAGCUCAGAAACCGCUCGUUGCCGCUGUACAACCGCCUCGUCGGCCUGACCAAGAGCGAGGACAAGCGCUUCUACGUCUUCUUCAACGACUUCCGCCUCGAGACGUACGUCAACCGCGAGGCCAACGAGACGGUCAACGACCGCAAUGACCGUGCCGUCCGCAAGGCCGUCAAGUGGUACGCGGAUCACCUGGCGCAGACCAAGUCCAAGAAGGUCCCUGCCGUCGUCAUGCUCAGCGAUGACCAGGAUUGUCUGAGGAAGGCCAAGGCUGAAGGCGUGGCUGCCAUGUCACUUUCCGAGUACGUCGGCGGUCUCGAAGACGGCGAGAGGUUGCUGGACAUGGUUGCCGAGUCGAGGAGCUCGGGUUUCUCCAAGAAGCCCGCCGGCCCUCUGUACCCCGAGUACUACACCAUGUCCAAGAUGAUGACUGGCGUCAAGGCCGGUCUGUUGCAUCAGGGAAACUUCAACGUCUCUCCGUACAACUAUUUGGAAGGCUCCAUCAACGUUCCUGCGUUUCCCAAGCCCUUGAUCGUUCUUGGAAGAGAGAACAUCAACCGUGCCGUCAGCGGUGACGUCGUCGUUGUCGAGGUUCUGCCCAAGGACCAGUGGAAGGAGCCGUCUACGAAGAUCAUUGAAGAGGAAGCCAUCACGCGUGACGAGAACGCUGAUGAGGUCGAGGAGACCCAGGAUUUCGUAUCGGAAAAGGAGCGCAAGGCGCUGCAGGAAGAAGUCAAGAAGACUCAGAGCAAGAGCACCGAAGGUCGCGCGCAACCAACAGCGAAGGUCGUCGGUAUCAUCAAGCGCAACUGGAGACAGUACGUUGGGCACAUCGAUCCUUCGUCAGCAAGCAAGGCCGGCGGUCAGGGCCGCAAACAGGACAAUGUCUUCCUUAUCCCGAUGGACAAGCGUAUUCCCAAGAUCAAACUGCGUUCCAGGCAAGUCUCAGAGCUUCUCGGCAAGCGACUGCUGGUCACUAUCGAUGCGUGGGAGCGCGACUCCAGGCAUCCCGUCGGCCACUUUGUUCGCUCGCUGGGAGAGCUCGAGACCAAGGCGGCGGAGACGGAGGCUCUGCUGCUGGAGUACGAUGUGCAGUACCGGCCAUUCCCUAAGACUGUACUAGACUGCCUGCCUAAGGAGGGCCAUGACUGGAGAGUACCACAAAGCUUGGAAGACCCAGGCUGGAGGGACAGAGAGGAUCUUCGCAAGCUCCUCAUUUGCAGUAUCGACCCCAUCGGUUGCCAAGAUAUCGACGAUGCUCUUCACGCAAGGCCACUUCCCAACGGCAACUUUGAGGUCGGUGUUCAUAUCGCAGACGUGUCUCACUUCGUCAAGCCUGCAAAUGCCAUGGAUCUGGAGGCCAGUCUGCGUGGUACCACUGUCUACCUCGUUGACAAGCGUAUUGACAUGUUGCCCAUGCUGUUGGGUACAGACCUGUGUUCGCUCAAGCCUUACGUUGAGCGCUACGCCUUCUCUUGCAUCUGGGAGAUGAACGCGGACGCGGACAUCGUCAGCGUGCGCUUCACCAAAUCUGUCAUCCAGUCCAAGGAGGCCUUCAGCUACGAGGCUGCGCAGCUUCGUGUCGACGAUGAUUCUCAACAGGACGAGCUUACGACCGGCAUCAGAACGCUGCUUGCGCUGUCCAAGAAGCUCAAGCAGAAGCGCAUGGACGCCGGUGCUCUCAGCCUGUCGUCUCCCGAAGUCAAGGUCCAGAUGGAGUCGGAAACAUCAGAUCCCAUCGACGUCAAGACGAAGCAGCACCUCGACACCAUGUCCCUGGUCGAAGAGUUCAUGUUGCUCGCCAACGUCAGCGUGGCAACGAAGAUUUACGAGGCCUUCCCUCAAACCGCCAUCCUCCGUCGCCACGGCGCACCCCCCAAGACCAACUUUGACGAGCUCGCGGACCAGCUGCGCGUCAAGAAGGGCCUAGAGCUCCGCGUCGACUCCAGCAAGGCCCUCGCCGACUCCCUCGACACCUGCGUGGACCCCGCCAACCCCUUCUUCAACACCCUCGUCCGCAUCAUGGCCACCCGCUGCAUGAUGUCGGCUGAGUACUUCUGCUCCGGCACCCAGGCGUACCCGGAGUUCCGCCACUAUGGUCUCGCCUCCGAGAUAUAUACCCACUUCACCUCCCCGAUCCGUCGCUACGCCGAUCUGGUCGCCCAUCGCCAGCUCGCCGCCGCCAUCGGCUACGAGGCCAUCCAUCCGGCGGUCCGCAGUCGCGGCCGCCUGGAGGCCGUGUGCAAGAACAUCAACGUGCGGCACCGCAACGCCCAGCUCGCGGGCCGCGCGAGCAUCGCGUACUACGUCGGCCAGGCCCUCAAGGGCAAGGUGGCCGAGGAGGAGGCGUUCGUUAUGAAGGUCUUCAGCAACGGCUUCGUCGUGCUUGUGCCGAGGUUCGGUAUCGAGGGACUCAUCCGCCUGCGCGACCUCGCCGAGACGGAGCCCGAUAGCGUCUACGACGCGGAGAGCUACACCCUCACGACGACCGGCAGCCGCAAGCUCAAGGUCGAGCUGUUCCAGAAGGUCAAGGUCAAGGUUACGGAUGAGAAGGACGAGGCGACUGGCAAGAGAGGUGUCAAGAUGGAGCUCGUCAGCGCUUAG